AUGGCACCGCCAAAUCAUUUGAAGCCGCCGACCAGGCUCAUCACCACUCACAAUGCAGAAGGCAAGGCCAUAAUUUCGGACACGGUGCCCGAGGAACUCAAGCCGCAAGACGUUGAGGGUGCAAAUGCAACCUUCUACCUCUCAUAUUGCACCGACCAGUAUCCCGUGGACAUGAACCAGGACAGAGACUUGAAGGCAUACGAAAGGUAUGCCGCGGAACCUCCGGGCCUCGUCAUCGGCUCCGGCACCGUGCUCCGGCAUGUCGACAUUGGGCCGGGAAGUGUAUCGCCGAUGCAUCGAACCGUCUCGCUCGACUAUGGGAUUGUCAUCGAAGGCGACAUCGAACUCAUCCUGGAUAGCGGCGAGACGCGGCGGAUGGCGCCAGGAGACAUAUGCGUUCAGCGCGGGACCAUGCAUGCGUGGCGGAAUGCGAGCGACACCAAAUGGGCGAGGAUGUUGUAUGUGUUGCAGCCGUCGAAGCCUUUGCAGGUAGGCAGUGGUGGCAAGGUGUUGGGAGAGGAUUAUGGAGGGACGAUGAGAGUGAGAGCUUCCACGUGA